CCGCCUGCGCCCUGGACACCGUUGCUAAGGAAUCCCGAGUACGCGCGAGCGGGUCGGAGGCGCGCAGCUCGAGCGCUGCUCUCAGUGCUCAGACAUGGCGGCGGACCUGAACCCGGAGUGGCUGUCUUGCCUGCCUUCCUCAUGGAGUUACGGCGUGACCCGGGACGGACGCGUGUUCUUUAUCAAUGAAGAAGCGAAGAGCACAACCUGGCUGCAUCCAGUCACGGGAGAAGCCGUCAUUACCGGGCACAGAAAAACUCCAGAUUUACCCACCGGAUGGGAAGAAGGAUAUACGUUCGAAGGAGCCCGUUGCUUUAUCAAUCACAAUGAGCGAAAGGUGACCUGCAAGCAUCCCGUCACAGGCGUUCCUUCGCAAGACAACUGCAUCUUUGUCGUCAACGAACACCUGAAUUGUGGGAAACUUGUCCAUCCUGUUUUAAACAGACCAGCGACCAAAGCACCAGCGGCCGAGAAGAAAGAACGUCCAACCAGCACCAUGAGUGAAGCGUCGAACUACACAGGAGGCUCAGACUACACCACACAUCCCAGCAGUCCCACAACCAGACCAUCCAGGUCUUCAAAGAAAGUCCACAACUUUGGGAAGAGGUCCAACUCUAUCAAGAGGAACCCCAAUGCUCCGGUGGUGAAAAACGGAUGGCUUUACAAGCAGGACAGUACCGGGAUGAAGAUGUGGAAGAAGAGAUGGUUCGUGCUGUGUGACAUGUGCCUCUUCUACUACAGAGAUGAGAAAGAAGAAGGAAUCUUGGGAAGUAUCCUCCUGCCAAGCUUCCACAUCUCCAUGCUGUCCGUGGACGACCACAUAAGCAGGAAAUACGCCUUCAAGGCGACGCAUCCAAACAUGCGCACAUACUAUUUCAGCACUGACACAGCCAAAGAUAUGGAGUCCUGGAUGAAGGUUAUGACGGACGCUGCAAUGGUCCACACCGAGCCAAUCAGAAGGCUUGAAAAGGUAAAGGUUGACCCACGCAGCCCUCAGGAGAUGAACAACAUGCUGAAUCACCGAGUCCUGACCCGACCUGAGAUCCAAAACAACGAGAGAAACCGCGAGACGCACCGGCAGGAGGAGAAAAAGCAUAAACCCGUGGACAAGCAGCCCUGCAUCCAAAAAGACAAAGAGAGCAGGGGUAGCGUGCAGAAAGACGGAGAGCGAUACACCCUCCAGAGAGACACUGACAACUACGCUCUGCACAAAGAAGCUCAGAGACUCGCUCUGCAGAAGGACGGCGACCGCUACAUGCUGCAGAAGGACGUGGAGAAAUAUGUCCUUCAGAAAGACGGCGAGAAAUACUCCGUUCACAAAGAAGGAGAGAAGUACCUACUGCAGAAGGACGGGCUGAAGUACACAGUACACAAGGACGGAGAUAAAUACACGCUUCAGAGAGAGGGCGAAAAAUACGUGCCGCCAAAUGACGGCGAGAAGAUCCCACAGAAAGAUGCAAGGUAUCCUCUCACGCUCCCGAGAGAAGGAGAUAAGCAUAUGCAGCAGAAAGACCCGGAGAAACCCGUCCCACCCCCGCGGGAGGGCGAGAAAUACGGCUUCCAGAAAGAGGGCGCUGUGGAGCGGCCGCUCACCAAGAUCAACAGCAUCAAACUCCAGCCGGCUCAAGCGGCGGCCAUCGCUGCGGCCGUCUCGUCCUCCAGACAGCUCCAGAGCGCAGCGGGAUCCGCCCAGUACAAGCCGUCCCAAGUCAACGGUUCCGGGGAACGAGGAGGAGACAGAAGCCCCGGAGACAUGAGCAACACGAUGCCCCAGAGGACGACGGUCCCGCCACAGCCGGCAGAACCCGAGAGAACCCUGAGCAGAACCAACUCCAUGCAGCAGCUGGAGCAGUGGGUCCGUACGUACCGCACACGGACCCCGGACGAUGACACCAGGAGCAUUACGUCCUACCAAACGUUGCCCAGGAAUAUGCCAAGUCACCGGGCGCAGAUCGUGCCGCGCUAUCCCGAGGGCUACCGCACGCUCCCGCGCAACAUGCUGCGGCCGGACAGCAUCUGCAGCGUCGCAGGGUCCAUGUACGACCGGGCGCUGCAGCCCACUACGGCAGAGAAGCGCCGCUCCAUACGGGACGACACCAUGUGGCAGCUGUACGAGUGGCAGCAGAGGCAGGCUCACAGCCGGCUCGGAUACGGGACACUGCCCAGCCCCAAAACCAUGGGGCAGAUCGCCGAGUCCAUUCCCACGUCCCCUUCCCACGGAUCGCUGGCCGGUUUCCACACCUUCUCCCCUAAUCGGCCCCUAAACCCAGAUUCCCGCUCUGAAGUUUCCUCACCGGUGUUUCGUGGGGACGUGACUAUUGAACGUCGCCACCGACCGCACCUCUCUAAGUAUACGUACCCUGCCGAACGCAGGCCUGUUCCUCCCGCACAGAGCAUCACUGCACAGUCUCUGCAAGGCAAAACGCCAGAGGAACUGACCCUGCUGCUCAUCAAGCUGCGGCGGCAGCAGGCGGAGCUCAACAGCCUCCGUGAGCACACGCUCGCGCAGCUAAUGCAGCUAAACCUCGAUGCCGCCAACCCAAAGAGUGAAAUCCUUUCCCAUCACCUACAGAGGAAUCUCAUGUACUUGGACAGCCAGAUGAAGGAGAAUGAGCCAAUAAUCUUCAUGAUUCACACUAUGAUUGAGAACUCGGCGCCAAGGCCGCAACUGUACCAGCAACAGAUGAGUCCUGAAGAGUACAGAGAAAACACCUACUUGUACAAACCGGAGGAGCUGGACAUUGAUGCAAAGUUAAGUCGACUUUGUGAGCAGGAUAAAGUCGUGAGAACCCAAGAAGAAAAACUGCAGCAACUCCACAGAGAAAAGCACACGCUGGAGACGGCGUUACUGUCAGCCAGUCAGGAGAUCGAGAUGAACUCUGAAAACCCAGCGGCGGUCCAGAGCGUCGUCCAGCAGAGAGACGUUCUCCAGAGCGGCCUGCUCAGCACCUGCAGAGAGCUGUCGCGCGUCAACACCGAACUGGAGCGGAGCUGGAGAGAGUACGAUCGACUCGAGGCAGACGUCACACUGGCUAAAACGAACCUGCUGGAGCAGCUCGAGGCCCUCGGGAGCCCACAGACGGAGCCACCCAGCCAGAAGCAUGUUCAGAUACAGAAGGAGUUGUGGAGAAUUCAGGAUGUGAUGGAGGCUCUGAGCAAGAACAAGCCCAAGAGAAACGCAGAACCCAGUUUUCCUGGUGCAAACCCGCUGUCAAACCUGCAUAAAAGUGAAGAGUCAGACUCCGUGCCUCCGCGUCCUCCUCUCCCGUACUCGUAUGAGGGGGGAGACCGUCCGCCGUUGCCCCCGCUGCCCUCCCCUGGUUCUGGCCCGCCUCACGCGCCCCGUACCACCCCUCACCGGCCCGAGGACCGCAAGGCCGCCCAGCGCAACGGUGCCCACAGCGGCCCGGAUUACAGACUGUAUAAGAGUGAGCCGGAGCUUACCACAGUAGCUGAGGUUGACGAGAGCAACGGCGAAGACAAAUCUGAGCAGACUGCAGAGAAAGAGCCGCCCGGCGUCACCAAAGGUAUAGUUUACCCUGUUGGAGUGGUCAGCCCGAGGACUAAAUCACCCAUGCCUGAAUCCUCCACCAUCGCCUCUUAUGUCACCUUGAGGAAGAGCAAGAAACCUGACCCCAGAACGUCCCACCCGCAGGACCGUCCACGCAGCGCGGUGGAGCACAUGACCAGUGCCAUAGAGGUGGGCCGAACACGCAUGAGUGUCGAGGAGCAAAUGGAGCGAAUCAGGCGGCACCAGCAGGGGGCGCUGCGUGAGCGAAGAAGAGAGGACGGUUCGCUGUCACGCAGCCUCUCCUUCACUAAAGACAACCCGUACUACACCCUGCAGACGCGGAAGAAGAGCCCGGUGAUCUCUCCAGAUGAGCAGGACGAGCGCAGAGACGUGUCGCCUGAGGAACGGGAGCUGAAGGCAAAGUCCGCUGAUGCGGAAGAGAACUGCAGGGAAACUGAUGAUGUGGAAUCUGGAAAUGCCAACUUGGAGAACAAGGAGAAACCGGCCGUGUCCCGAUCGGCCUCCAUUAAAGAGUCUCUUCUGAAGAGCGCGGGUCCUAAACCGACGCUGAACGAGGACGAGUCGGAGCCUAAGCGUCUGAGUCCACUGGAGUACCGCAGGAGUCUGGCCACACAGAACAGCUUGCAGACGGCGGUCAUGGUACGCGUGGGCACCGAGGAAGACGACGAGGAGGAUGAGGAGGAUGAGAAGCCCUCCAGUCAAGAGCAGGACGUGUCUUAUGAGCUGACCAAUAGCAAACAUGGCACACUGAUGUCAGUGAACAGUCUGUCGACUCCGCCCCAAUCUCCAAGCUCCUCCUCCUCUCCCCCGCCUCCGCCCUCCCCCCCACAGCUGACGGACGGAUCUCACUUCAUGUGUGUGUGAGAGGAGAGAUGGACGAGUAAGAGACACACACACACACAACAGCGGUCC